CUUAAAUACUCUUUUGGUUUUUUACGGCCAACCAAUCACCAUCCAUGCCUGUAAUGUCGGUGUGAGCAGUCAUACGAGCCACCAGGUGGCGCUGUGGCCGCCGCACCAACGUCCACUGAAGUGGUCGAAGGCAGGAAGCAGUUGUGCUCUUGUGGUGUCGCCGCUUCGCACCGUGAGCUCGGAACCAGCCUUCGCCCUCUCGGCCUGCGCUCGGCCCUUCAGGGAACACCAGGCUCCGUGUGUUCGAUGUGACUUCCUCGGUGGUCUUCAGUGCGUCUGACCGGCUGGUUUCGUCGUCGCCAUCUCGGGCUGACGCUCUGCACGUAGCUGCUCAACAUCACAACAUCGGGUUGUUUUUGUUUGUUUUUUUCGAGAUGAAUUUGCUCAAAAACCAAACUUUGCACCUGCGCGACGAGGAGGCGCUCGUGGUGGAAAACGCCAUCCGGCUGGCGAUAGACUCGAUAGUCAACGUGCUGUACGGCGUCAACAGCGCGCGCACUCACGAGUACCAGCGGAUGGUGGCCGACAGGGAUCAAGAGAUCCAGCGGCUGGAGGGCAGCGUGACGGAGAUAGCGAGAGAGUUAAAGGCGCUGCGCCGACGGGGGUGCACCUGCGCUCCGUUCGGGAAGGAGCACCGCCUCGUGGGACCGCAGGCCGCCGCGGAGGAGAGCCGCUUCGACCCGAGCUGCGGCCACACCGAGAUGACAGCCGGGCAGCAGGAGUGCGAGAUGAGCAUCUCGGUGGGCCUUUUUGCAAGACCCCCCUCGCAUGCCUCCUCCCAAAGCCACGAGUCGGCUCUCCGGUCGUCUCCGAGCCGAAUGGGUCUGGACCGGUCCGGCAUCUCCCACUGCUCCGAUUCCUCGGGCGCGUCUGAAGAAGCCAGGAAUCUGCCGAUGUCUCCCAGCAGCCUCGUCAUCAAAGAAGAGCCGUGUGACAUUGACACCGUUUUAAUCAAGUGGGAAAUGAGCGAAGAGAGAUUCAGGGAGCUUCAGGAGAGUCCAGGCAGUCCGUGUCAGGACUUUGAGAACCCCGGUGCAGAAAAAAACAUGGAGAACAUGGAGGGAACUUUAAAGGAGAUACCGUGUGCAGAUCCAAGUGGUUAUUACGACCCUCACGAAGAACACCUGAGGAACCAGAAGAUGGCCGCGCCCAUGUCUGAGCAGACGGAGGAGGCUCAGAGACUGAAGAGGGCGGCCUGGAGAGCAGCCUCCAGGCGCUACUACGCCCGAAAAGUAGCACGCCAACAGGCAAACACCUCACGCUCCGUGCCCAUGCCCGUCACCUCGCGUCCCACCCCCUUCCCUUCUCGCUCUGGCCCCGCCCUCUUCCCUUCUCGCUCUGGCCCCACCCCCUUCCCUUCUCGCUCUGGCCCCACCCCCUUCCCUUCUCGCUCUGGCCCCACCCCCUUCCCUUCUCGCUCUGGCCCCGCCCUCUUCCCUUCUCGCUCUGGCCCCUUCCCCCACAUGACAGACUCCAGGUAUCCACAACCCAUCUCUUUUGUGGACAAGAGGAGGAGGACGCUGAUAUCCGACUUACCCGAAGCUUCCCAGUCUCUGCAGAGGGAGGCGUGGAGAGCCGCGUCCAAGAGGUACUAUGCUCGUAAGAACGCACGGCACCAAACCGAGCCCAUACAUUACGAACACCUGCUCCAGAACAUGGAGCCGUCUGGAGACCCUCUGGAACCCAACAGAGGAGACUCCCACGCCAACAGUGGAAUUAUGUGCAGCAGCUGACAUUUUUAUAUGUAAAACACAGGACUACAUGGAUGUUUACUAUUUUAUUUCAGGUCGUCUGCAUAUUUUGAAAAAAUGUUGAGUUAUUUGUGUGAGGAGCUCAUGAAAAACACUGCAUUUUUGUUUCUAAUUUUUAACUUUACUGCAUGCCUGUAGGAAAUGCUAACUGCAAAGUAUUCUAAGGCAAUAAAGCUGUUCUGCCACUGAGUCCACAAUCAA